ACUCUUAUCCAGAGGGAAGACGGUUAAGUUAUCAAAUCUAAAAAAAUCAGACUGCUGCGCCGACACAACGCGAGAAGAUAACACCCCAGUUCCAGGAAGAAGAAUAAUACAUAAAUUUUGUACCACUACAUAACACCCACGUUACGUAUACGGACGGAUUUAGGGUAUGGAUCAUAAACAAAGUAAUGAAAUGCUAUCAGUACCGUGCGAGCAGUGAAGCAGGACGGAUACAUUAUUGGAGUAGUGGGUGGUGUAUCUAAAUUAGAUAACAAGAGGAUUUGUACGUGUGUUACGGAUUUUGGUGGAGAAUUAACACUCCAAGUGAAAGUGGAGGCAAGUUGAGACUCGAGAAGGUAAUUAAUAGUGGUGUGGUUUAAUAAAAAAGUGAAAGUGGUGUGACACCGUCACAAUAAUCAAAUCAUGAUGAUGUACUCUGCCACAAGUUCUCCGCUCGACUUGCGACCCACAAUUAAUAACAAUAAUAAUAAUAAUACCAAUACAACAACCUCAGCAAAAAGUAUGCUGUCGAGUGAGAUACUAGAUUCCGAUUCGGAUGUAAAUGUCGACUCUGGGUCGGAGGAUGAUAUGAUGAUGAUGACGACGACGAGCAGUCGACCCCAUAAUCACAACCACCACCAUCAUCAUCAUCAAGACAGACGACAUGACGAAUGUGACGGGGAUGGGGCCGAUUUGAGAGAAAUGUUAGAAUUGGAGAGGGGUUUGGGAGGAGGAGGUCACGAGGUGACCCUUAAAGGUGAUGGAAGUGAGGGUGUAGGUGGCGAAGGGGGAAGUGGGAUGGCCACCUCGGGGGCAAAAGGGGGAAAGGGUUCGACACAUGCAAAGCCAGCCUAUUCGUACAUAGCUUUGAUCACGAUGAGUAUACUACAAAGUCCCCACAAGAAAUUGACACUUUCUGGCAUUUGCGAGUUUAUCAUCAACAGAUUCCCAUACUACAGAGAAAAGUUUCCAGCUUGGCAAAAUAGUAUUCGCCACAAUUUAAGUCUCAACGACUGUUUUAUAAAAAUUCCACGCGAACCUGGUAAUCCUGGGAAAGGAAAUUACUGGACAUUGGACCCCAUGGCGGAAGAUAUGUUUGACAAUGGGUCCUUCCUCCGCCGGCGGAAACGGUACAAACGUCCCAUGUCUCAUUUAAGUCAUCACCACCAUCAUCACCACCACUCUCCCCACCACCCCCACAACAUGCACCCUCACCACCCAAUGGCCGACUUCUUCACAGCCGCUGCACUAUUCCAUCAACAACAGCAGCAACAGCAACAACAACAAGGCGGAGGUGGAAAUAGCGGAAAUUUCCAACAUCCAGCUUUCUUUUCCGCCAAUCCUUCCCCCUUUUCGACAAAUCCUCCACCAUCGUCCCUCCUGGAGGUAAAUUUGUUCCCCUUUUUGCACCAAUUUCCCCCCACAUCAGCUUCUCGACCAGCCCUUUUCCCCUCACCGGACACCCUGAGAAGACUACUCCCACCAUUUCCGCUUCAAGUCUCACCCCCACCACAACCCCCACCGACGUCAUUAUCCUUACAGCAGCAGCAGCACGACCACAACACCCGAGACGACGUUAUCACCACGGUUAUCAGUGACGAGGAGCAGGAGGACGAAGAGGAUGAAAUCGAGAGGGAAAGUCGACGAAGAAAAAUAAGUUAUGAAACCAAUCUCAAGGCGGGUUUCUCCAUUGAGAGGCUUAUUGGAAAUUGUGGGAGUGGUGGAAAUAAUGAAUCUGCCACACGAAAUGGUAAGGAGAGGGAGAAAUUGUUGCGUAAUUUGACAACAAUUGGGGGCAGUGGGGGUGGUAACAGAGGGAAAAGGUCGAGUAGUAACCUUACAAAUAUUAACAAUUCCUCGUCAGCAUUUCUCCCCGUGGGCGAUGGGGGCUCGUGGAGGGAGUGAUAGCAAUAAGAAGAAGCAGUUUUAGUCAUAAUUGAUGAAAUGGUUAAUGAUAAUUAAUACUUGUUUAUUCGUCGUGACGCAUGUUAUUGUGAUACUUUUUAAUUAAUUAAUUAAUGUCCUUAAUUAAUUAAUUUAUCUCCAUAUUUUUUAUUCCAAUUACUUAUGUAUGUGUGUAUUGCGAAACAAUCGGAGGUGGAUCAGCGAAUGGAAUACUUUUAGUUUUACUUAUUGUGAAAUAUGUAUUCCCCAACUAAUAAUAAAUACUUUGUAGAUACUUAGAAAUGUUGUACAGAAGAAGAUAAGAGAACGAAAUAAAAAUGCAAUCAUGAAAUUAAA